CGAAUCAAUGGUUUUCAAUGGUGGAAGUUCCCAACCCGGCAUGUUUUUCUUAGACCAGUGGAAGCCAAGCAUUAUCAUUUAGUUCCUAAGUUUUCAAAACAGUGCUUAUUGUGAACUGAAAUGUGUGUGUUAUUUUAAUUUAUCAUCUCGUCAUAUAAAAUUACAGUCAUGGUGGGCUCAGAAGGAGUAUGUGUUUUUUCCCCUCUUGUAACUGGGGAAGAAUGGGCUGUGAUUCCCGCAGAAAUUGCUAAAAAAAUUGAGAACUUUUUCACUGAAAAAGUUCAGGAAUUUAUAACUUCCAAGGCUUUAUUGGAAACAAAUCGUUUCAAUGCAGAACAAAGCUUAUCUGAAGUUCGCGAGAAGUUAGACAAAGUAACUGAAGAAAAUGAGAGUCUCAAAGCUAGGUUUGAAGUUGCUACCAGUACAAUUACUACUUUUGAGCAGCAAAUUUCAUCUCUAAAUGCUGAAUUUUCCAAAUCUCAAUCGACAUGCCGUAGGCUUGAAGAAGAGGCAGCUGAAUUCCGUCAUCAACGAAACUUGGCUGUGGAUGAAAGAGAUGAACAUUUGAAAAUGCUACAACGUAGAAAUGCUGAAGUAGAAAGAAUGCAAUCUGAUAUCAAGUCAUUGAUGGAACAACUUGAAACCGCUAUCAACACCAAAUGCGAAGCUCUCUCUAAAGCAGAUGCAGUGGAAUCCAUGAAACUGACUCUGGAAUACAAAGAGAAACGAAUUGAACAGGAAAGAUCACUCUUGAAAAGUCAAGUAGAAAGUUUAACAGAAGAACUGCAUUCAAAAACUGAGGAACUUUUAAAUAUGAGACGUGAUAAUACAUCAAGAUGCAUCCAGUUGGAGGCAAAACUUUCAGAAAAGACUCAAGAAUUAGAGGUUGCUGUAGAACAGGUUAAAUCUCUUACUGAACUGAACAAUAGCCUUAGUGAGAGAAUGGAAGAGUUAGUGAAACAACUUUCUAAUCAACGUGAUACUGAGGGUAAAAUUGGUGAAUCAUACCUGCAAGAAAUUGACGCCAAAACAAAACUAGCGAAUGCGUAUCAGCAAAUGUAUGAGGAGAAUAAAAAAUAUGCCGAAGGUUUGAAGGAGGCCCUUGAUGAGACCCAAGAGUUGUUGAAAAAUGCAACCGAUAAAUAUGGAGAUUUAGAAACGCAACAUAAAGAAAGUGAGCUUGCACAUGAAGAAAUUAUAAACAAAAAGAAUGAAUACAUUAGUAUUCUCAAAAAUGAACUGGAAAAAGCUAAUGGACUGUUGGAUCACUCUAAUCAAUUCAAGUUACAAAAAGAUAUGGAAGAAUUGUCUCCAACUGCUGCUACAACUUCUAAUAUUCUCAAGAGUGGAAUGACUUUCACCGAAUUGUAUUCAAAAUACGUAGCAAUGUCUGACAAGGUUCUCACAUUGCAAGAAGAAAACGCCCGUCUAAACCACUACAUCAACAGCAUCGUUAAAGAAAUUGAAGAAAAGGGUCCUUUCAUAAAGAAAAUCAAGGACGACUAUGCCAAGCUAAUGGAUGCUCACGACGAGUUGAAGCUCAACAACGAUUCGCUUCUUAUAGAAGUACAACAGCUUAGGGAAAAUAAUGCGGAAUGUAGGAGGCUGGAAAAUGCAACGGCCAGAGAGAACGAUAGAUUACAGAAAGAUGUUGCCGAUUUGAGUCGACAGGUCUGUCACUUACUCCAAGAAGUUGAACAGUGCCGAAUGGGUUCAUCCCUAACUUCCCCCGAAAUGGACUUUGCUGAUAGCUUCAGCUCCGCGGACAUCAUCACAAAGAAACUGGUCGUUUUCAACGAUAUCCAAGAACUUCAACAGAACAACAGGAAGUUACUGUCUCUCGUCAGGGAAUUGUCGGAGAAACAGGAGGAAGCGGAAGCCUUCGACCCUGCUAACUUCGCCCUUCUGAAAUCCAAACUGGACGACUUGCGGGAACAACAACAAGAGUUGCUGGAAGAGAAAGAGAAGCAAUACAAAAUGUUGGAAACUUUGAAGAAUCAACGGGACAUGUAUAAAAACCUCUACGCUCAAGCGGUUAAAGCUAACGGAGAUGAUACCUUGUUGAACCUUCAGGAAAGCAUGGAUGUCAGUAAGAUUACGAAAGAUUCUCCGGAUAGUCAACGUUCGGACGAGAAACUGGUGAGGGACCUCGAAAACCAAUUGGAGAGUCUGAAGAAGGAAAUGGAACAGAUCAGGACGGAGAAGGACAGUUACAAAGAGGAGAAGUUGGCGAAUGAAAAGAUGUUGGACGAACAGUUAACUUCUCUGAGGAAAGAGAACAAGGAUCUGACAAAGUUGAACUGCAAACUUGUGGCUCAGUCUGAAGUGAACGAGGAGAAGUUCAAGGUCAUGAAGAACAACAUGGAGGUGUUGAAGAAGCAGAUCACGGCAUUGGAGAAGCAGAAUAAGAUAUUUAACGAUUCCAUCUUGAAACACGAGCAGACCGUUAAUUAUUUGAGGGACGACGCUAUGGAAGCGCACUCCAAGCUUUCUAAGGCUGAGGUUAUGCUAGGUAAUAUCGAAAAAGAAAACAGCCUCCUGAGAGAUUCGGAAGCCAGGGCCAGAAGGGAAUACGAGUCGAUGAAACAACAGUACAACUCCCAACAUUUAAUCCAAUCGAACAUCGAACUGAUCAAGGCUACCUUAGAAAGGACAGAUUCAGAAGGCAAACUCAGACUAGAAGCCAGACUAGACGAAGCGCACAGAGAAUGUUCCGCUCUGAGGAGACGUUUACAGGAGGAACAAGACCGAUUCAGACAACUGACGGAUCAUCUUCAGGCGCAGACGCAGAACGCCGUCAAGAGAUGCGAAGAAGAGAAGGCGGAAGCCGACAAACUCAGGAAAGAACUGGGCGAGCUCAGGGAAGAACUGGCCGCCAAGAACGAUCAGGUCGAGGAGCUCACGAAGAAGAUAAAGAUGUCGAUAUUGGCCAUUCCCGAGAGUCACGGAGAAGGCCGAAAGAUCCGCCAUCUGGAGGAACAACUGGAGAACAGUCAGUCCGAGAUCGACACGUUGAAGGCCAAGCUGAAGGCCGCUAAGGAGGCGUCCGAUCAGUAUUUCAACAUCGCGGAAGACGCCGAGAAACAGAUGAAGAUGGCCGUGGAAAAACAGGAAGAGUUCAAAGCGGAAAUCGAGAAGCACAAGAAUACCAUCAAGGAGUUGCAGGAGAAGUGCUCGGAACUGGAAGGGGAACUUUCGAUUCAAAUGGACGAUCAGGAUAUGGCAAGUGUCGGCAACAAGGCCAAACACACUCAAUUGGAGGAGGAAUUGAACGUGAGAUCUUUGGACCUGCAAAGCAGCCAGGAACAAUUGGAGAAUUGCAGGAGCGAAUGUAAGUCAUUGAUCGAGAACCUGAAGAUCGUCGAGAAUAAGUACGCCAGGGAGGUUAUGCUGCAUUCCGCCGAUCUUCAAGCGUUGACGGAAAUGAAGGAAACCCUGAACAAGAUCCAGAACGAGAUGGCGGAGGUGAAGAUGGCCCGGGACAACGCCCUGAGCGAAUUGGAAUCCAGCAAGGAGAGCUGGAAGAAACAGGAGGAGUACUUGCUGAAGGACAAGUCGGAUCUCGAGAACAGGCUCAAGGAUCUGGACGCCCAGAACAACCUUCUGCUGUCCCAGAUGGAGAGUCUCAAUUCGCAGCUCACCAUCCUGCAGACGCAGGUCAGCUCCGACAACGUCAACCAAUCGAUGAACGAUUCGUCGUCGUCGUUCAGCAAGUCGUUCGCCGAAGAUGAGGUCAAAUCGUCCGAGCAGUUGCUGAAGGUGAUCAAGUACUUGAGGCAGGAGAAGGACGUGGCCGUGAGUAAGAGUGAAAUCCUGGAGGCGGAACAUUCGAGGAUGAAGUCUAAGCUGGAGAUGGUCACCAAGCAAUUGGAAGAAAUGAAGCAGGUUGUUGAGAAUGAAAGACAGCGAAACGAGAUAUCCGUGGUCACCGCUUCCAAACACGCGGAAGUUUUACGUAAGGUAGAAACGUUGAACGCCAUCACCGAUAGCAACAGAUCGCUCAGACAGGAACGGGACAACUUACUGACGCAAGUCACCGAUCUGCGAGCUAGGACGGACAAGUUGGAGGCCGAACUGGCGCCGUUACAAGAGAAAAAUAUCGAAUUGGCCACUAAGGCUGAAGCCAUGCAAACGGAGAACGUUUCACUGCGGGCCGAAUACAACAGGUGGCGCCAGAGGGCGAACCUUCUGAUAGAAAAGUCGAAUAGAACCAGUCCCGAAGAUUGGAAGAAACUCCAGAACGAGAGAGAUAACCUCAGCAAGCAACUGACCAUAGAAAAAUCGAACAUCGUCAAGCUGAACGACGAAAUGAACACUUUGAGACAGGAAAAAUCCAAGUUGGACGAGCAACUCAAGAGCGUCAGAUCCCAGAGUUAUCAGCAAGGGGAGGAACUCGGUAAAGUCAAGGAAGAGAUUGCCCUACUCCGUACGCAAAUCAGCAGUACGAAUACAAACCUGGAGCAGCUUCAGGAACAAAAUAAGAAACUGACGGAAGAAACUAAAUCGAUGCAAGAAGAAGGCGUUAGUAAAGACGCCACCAUCAACGAACUGAAGAAUAAUCUCACCCAGGUCAGAAAAAUAGCCAAGAAAUACAAGAUACAAUGCGAAGAUCAGACGAAAGAGAUGGAAACGUUGAAGCAACAACAGGCGGAGCAGAAGGAAAGUUUGCAGAGUGAAACUAGUCAAAGGGAAGAACAGAUCAAGAAUGAACACCAGCUAGAGUUAGAGGAACGUUUGAAUCAGAUGGAACAGGUGAAUAAGGAAGUUAUCGAACAGCUCAACCAAAAGGUGCGCGAAAUGACCGAAGAAAACGAGAACCAGAAGCGCGAGAUAGAAAAAGUCAACAAAUCCAGUUUGGAGAAAGAGGAGAGGUUCAAGCAACUGUUCAAGAACGCGAAAGACAGAAUAGUCACCUUAACGGAGCACAACAAGGAACUGAAGGAGGAGCUGAAGAAUCAGGAUCGUCCAGGGAAGUCGGGAGAUAGCAGUAACGGGGAGAUGUUGGCCAAGAUAGAGGCGCUCCUCAAGGAGAAGGACGAGAUGAUGGCCGAGCACCUGCAGGAGAAGGAGAAGAUGAACGCGGAGAUGGACGUGUUGACGCAGAAACUGACGCAGUUGCAGAGGCAGCUGGGGCUGCAGCAGGGGUCGAAGCCGAGCACCAGUUCCGGAACGGCGGAAAAGUCCACUACGGAGCCUCCCACUGCCAACAUCAAACCGAUGGCGGGUCACUCGACGAACACCCAGACCCAGUCGGUGCCUAUUCAGCCUUGGAGGAACGCGGGGGAGACGCCACUGGCGAGCAUAAGGCCAAUGUCCGCCCAGUUGCGGACGGUGGCCGUACUGCCCACCAGUCAGAGCCCGAGCGCGGUUAUGGUUCCUCCCCAACAACAGGUGCACACCACCGGAUCGUCGAAUAGUAUAGAAGCCUUGUCGAGCAGUCCGACGAGCUCCCACACGGACUAUGUGCCGGCUACCAGUUCUGCCAGUUCGGCGAUGUUGGGCCCCAGACAAGCGGCUGUACCCCCAUCUCAGUCUUCUCAGGACGCCGAGGACGAGGACAGCGGCGUCCAGGUGCACACGGCCCCCCAGCAGCAGGCGGUCGCAUUGGUCUUGCCCAGGGUCGAACCUCCCUCCGGAAGCAGCAGUAGCAGUAGUAGCAGCAGUACCGGGCCCACGCAAGAGCAGGGCACGAGCAGUAGUAGCAACACGGUCACUACCUCUCAGGUGGGUCACAAACGGCAGAGGGAUUCCGACACCGAGGCUUGCCAAGCGGACGACCAGGGAAAGACCAUGCAGCAGUGCAAGAGGACGAGGUUGCAGCAAACCGGUACAGUGAGUGAUAGUGUUUUGGAGGUGGAAUAUCAAGUACCAACAAGUAGCCAAAGAGAUCAUGAUGACGACAAUGUGAUAGUGUUGGAAAGUGACGAAGAUGGCGGUGCUGACGAGGGAGAGGGUGCAGACGACGAACCCGAUGACCCUGACACCGAAGGCUAUGACAUUGAGGCUAUGGAACAGGACAACUACGAGGAGGCGGAUUGCCCUGAAGAAGAAGAAGAGGCGGGAAACGAAGUGGAAGUAAUCGACGAUUCUAGCGAAGUGCCCAAUCAGAGCGAGAGAUCUGCGGCAGAGAGCCACUCGCAGGAGGAGAGCGCAGAGCAGCCUCAGUCCGAGGCGAUAAGCAGCGGAACAGAUGGUACCUCCACGUCUAGCGGAGUCACGAUCUCGCAGGCCUCUCCGUCCGUGCCCUCGGCCACAAUGUCAAUGUUUUCGAGGAGCAGCCGGCCGAUACCGUCGCUGGCCCGUCCCCAGCAAUCCCAUCUGCUCCUGCCGCACAUGGAAGAGGGUGGCGACGACGGCAUAGUCCCCUCCACCCCCACCCUUUUCGUCCCGAGAAGAUCGGACGCGUUCGGCGAGGCUGUCAGCUCGCCGCACGUGCCGAGCGGCAGGUUCAUUUUCAGCGACACGGCGCCGCCCUCCACCUCCGGAUCGGUCGGGGCCGUUCCCGAACAGACCCUCGAGGUCAUCAACGUGGACGAAAACAGUACGGGGCGCAGCGUACCGAGCACGCCGCUGCAGUCGUCGCCGCAGGAGGCCAUCCCGGGCGCCGAGGAGCAGCCGGCGGGGCCUAGCAGCCAACCGGACGAACUACCAACCAUCACAAUAAGCGAAGCAGAAGAAACUGAACAGGUAUCAGAUGGUGGAGCCGGCGACAUGGGACCUCCAGCAGUUGCUGGCACUUCCUCCGAGGGUAUGCAAGCCGAGGAGCAAGGAGAAGAGAUGAUGGAGGCAGAUGAUGAGGUAGGAAAGGUUAGUUCAGAGGGCGAGAAGCCCCCAGCAACAGAAGAAGGUGAAGAGGAAGGUAGGGAGGCGGAAGCAUCGCCUAGUACAAACGGACGUCCUAGAAAUACCCGCGGAAUGGGAGUAGCGAGGAGGCAGACUAGAAAUAUGGGCAAUAGAGGCUUCCAAAGGAGCGGACCGACGCCUAUUGUUUGGGGGGAACACAGACAGGGAAGUCCGAACCAGCAACAGAGGUUACAAGGUCACCCUCCUCCAAAUUUCAACCGUAUGGCGAGGAGAUCGAGAGGAAGAUCACCGUUCCGAAGAUUUUAAUGUGAGAUAUUCUCGUUGUAGCUAGUGACCAUUCCAAAUUAAAUGAUUUUUUUCAUUCAUGUUUGAAAUAUAUAUUUUUCAUUUGAAAGUGAUUAUUUAUCAUCAUAUGAUUGUGAAUAGUAAUUGAUAAUUAAUUAUUCUGUAUGUUUGUCAUCGAUUUCAUACCAUUUUCUUUUUAGUAAGGAUAACCUUUGAUUUUUGAUAUGCUGAGUCUCAAUUUCAAGAGGUAUAACAUGUAUGUGUAGUUUUGUUUAUAUAAUAUAAAUUUUCUGCUGAA